GCAAAGUGUGUCUCUGCUCAGAAAUCAACCCUCCACACCUGACACCAUGACCCAUUCCUGCUGCUCCUCUUGCUGCCAACCAACCUGCUGCAGAACCACUUGCUGCAGGACCACCUGCUACCAGCCCAUUGGCAGUGGGUCCAGCUGUUGCCAGUCUUGCUGCCCCCCAACUUGCUGCCAGACCACCUGCUGCCAACCUACUUGUGAGUCCAGCAGCUGUGGACAAACCUGCAGCGGGUCCAGCUGCUGCCAGCCCUGCUGCCAGCCCAUUCGCUGUCAAACCACCUGCUGCAGGACCACUUGCUGCAAACCGACUUGUGUGACCACCUGCUGUGAGUCCAGCUGCUGCCAGCCCUGCUGCCAGCCUGUUCGCUGUCAAACCACCUGCUGCAGGACCACCUGCCUCAAACCCACCUGUGUGACCCCCUGCUGCCAGCCCACGUGCUGUGAGUCCAGCAGCUGUGGACAAACCUGCUGCGGGUCCAGCUGCGGACAGCCCUGCUGCCAGCCCUGCUGCCAGCCCGUUCGCUGUCAAACCACCUGCUGCAGGACCACUUGCUGCAAACCGACUUGUGUGACCCCCUGCUGCCAGCCCACGUGCUGUGAGUCCAGCAGCUGUGGACAAACCUGCAGCGGGUCCAGCUGCUGCCAGCCCUGCUGCCAGCCCCGCUACCAGCCGGCUUGCAGUGCCGCUGUGUACUGCCGCAGAACCUGCUACCACCCCACGUGCUUCUGCCUGCCGGGCUGCCUAGCCCAGAGCUGUGGCUCCAGCUGCUGCCAGCCUUGCUGCCGCCCUGUCUGCUGUCAGACCCCCUGCUGCCAGCCCUCCUGCUGCUGAUCACCUGGCCAAAGAGCCACUGUCUCACAGCCAAACUUCUUAUCCCCUGAUUUGCCAUCCCUCAGACAAAUUCACUUCCAAAUAUUGCCGAAAGCCAGCAUUCUGUCACCCAAUUUUUGUUAUUCAUCUGCCUGUUUGGAAGCUCGUGAAUCAGCUUGAUGGCGUGUGAGGACCCCUCAGCCUCUUCUUCCUGUGUGGGGGGGUCAUGCGCCAGCUUCCUGCAUCCUCUAUAUGGAGUGUUUGUCUCUGCUUUGACUCUGAAAUCAUGACCUGCACCUCUUUCUACGUGCAACUUAGGGAAAAAACCCUCAUGUCUUUUUCUUCUAUUUCUGCUGCUUCUCUUCAUGAUAAUUUUCAUAAUCAUGUUUCUUUUUCAAUGUCCUCAUGGUUCCUUUCUCCUGCUUUCUUCCUUUCAUGAUCGCAGUGAGUUGUCUCCCUAAAAAGAGGGAAUCGUACCCACAUUUCUAAAUAAAUUCUGUGCCAUUCUUUACCCCA